AUGAUCGGUCCAGGAACGGGCAUGCUUGGAGAGGAUGGCAUCCACGUCGACAUGAACCAUUUGAAGUCUGGUGAAGUCAACCUGGGAACAUCAAUCAUGGCGAUCAACUUCAAAGACGGGGUCAUUCUAGGGGCCGAUAGUCGGACAACUACAGGGGCCUACAUCGCUAAUCGAGUAACGGACAAGCUCACCCAAGUACACGAUACGAUCUGGUGCUGUCGGUCGGGAUCAGCAGCCGACACUCAAGCUGUAGCGGAUAUUGUGCAGUACCACCUGGGGAUGUACGGCAUCAUGAACAACGAGUCUCCGACUACUCAAACUGCUGCUGCCCUAUUCCAGGAGUUGUGCUAUGACAACAAAGACCAGCUAAGUGCUGGCAUGAUCAUUGCUGGGUGGGACAAGCGGAAUGGCGGACAAGUCUACUCGAUACCUCUGGGUGGCUCUCUGCACAAGGGACCAUACGCAAUCGGCGGCUCGGGUUCAACAUACAUCUAUGGUUUCUGCGACGCACAUUGGAAAGAAGAAAUGACGGAAGAAGAAGGCAUCAGUUUUGUCAAGCAGGCGUUGAGCGAGGCGAUCAAGUGGGACGGCAGUUCAGGAGGCGUCAUUCGGAUGGUUGUGUUAACCGCGAAAGGUGCGCAGCGACAUCUGUACCUCCCAGACCAAGGGUAUAAGGGACCAGGAAGAGACUGA